CAGCGCUGGGCGCAGAGAGCUCCAGGAAGGCUUCCCGGAGGAGGAGGAGCCAGCUGAGCUGAGACUUGACGGAUGAGUGAGGCACAGCUGGCACGACAGCCAGACCUGCGUGUGCAAAGGCCCAGAGGCCAGAGGGAUGGCAGCAGUUCAAGCAGCUGCAGAGAGAGGGCCCCUUCCAGGCUGCCUGCCCGCUCUAGCUGGCUCCCAGGUGAAGAGGCUGUCAGCGUCCAAGCGGAAGCAACACUUCAUCAACCAGGCUGUGCGGAACUCAGACCUCGUGCCCAAGGCCAAGGGGCGGAAGAGCCUUCAGCGGCUAGAGAACACCCAGUACCUCCUAACGCUGCUGGAGACAGACGGGGGCACAGCUGGUCUGGACGAUGGGGACCUGGCCCCCCCCGCAGCACCCGGCAUCUUCGCAGAGGCCUGCAGCAAUGAGACCUACGUGGAGGUCUGGAAUGACUUCAUGAACCGCUCUGGGGAGGAGCAGGAACGGGUUCUCCGCUACCUGGAGGAUGAGGGCAAGAGCAAGGCACGGAGGAGGGGGCCCGGCCGCGGGGAGGAUCGAAGGAGAGAGGACCCAGCCUACACACCCCGUGAGUGCUUCCAGCGCAUCAGCCGGCGUCUGAGAACUGUCCUCAAGCGGAGCCGCAUCCCCAUGGAAACUCUGGAGACCUGGGAGGAGAGGCUGCUGAGGUUUUUCUCUGUGUCUCCCCAGGCCGUGUACACGGCCAUGCUGGACAACAGUUUCGAGAGACUCCUGCUUCACGCCAUCUGUCAGUACAUGGACCUCAUCUCAGCCACCCCCCUCCACCGUGCCACCCAGGUGACUUCGGCGAGUCCCCCUCCUGGGGCCUGUGUCUCCGCUUUUACCACGGGGGUGUUCUCAGGACACAGCGCCCCAGGGAGAGUCCUCACUGCCUCUGGGUGCGCCGCCUCCUUGCUCCUCUGCUCCGCCUCCUGCCCGGAGUUGCUGAGGCGCCGACCUGGAGGGCAAGAGGCAGAUGAAAGUCAGCAACCGCCACCUGGACUUCCUGCCACCAGGGCUGCUCCUGUCCGCGUAUCUGGAGCAGCGCAGCUGAUGGCCGCCCCCCUCCCCCUCCCCCAGCCUCCCCUCCCCCGCCCCCAGCCUCCCCUCCCCCAGGCCUCCCGUGCCAUUCGCUCAAGUAUCUUUAUUAUUUGGAGGAUUUUUCCCUGCAGACGUGCGCUACCCCUGGGAGGGGGGGCUAUCACUCUGACUCCUUCCCAGCCCGCCUCUCCCAGAUAAACGCGGGGCCCUGGCCCCCCACACCGGACUGUCCCGGCCUUGCAGCUCCCCGCUCCGGGACUUGAGUUUGAGCGAGGAGACCCGGCCUGGUCACUUCCGUGUUCCUUCUUCGUUCAGCUUUUUCGGCCCCGUCUGAAACUUAAGCAAGGAGCGACAGGCUGGGUUUUUAUCACUUUUAAUGAAUUUGGCAUGAUUUGUUGUAGAUUUUUAAAUUUCCCUUUUGGGAAGAAAAACCAAAAACUUGCCCCAACUGAUAAAUCGGGGGACUUUGUUCCAGUCCCUGUUUGAUCCUCCCCCAUCCCCCAGCUUUUGGCUUGGAUGUGGGGGAGGGGGGGGCCUGGGGCUCCGCCCCUUUUUCCAGGUGUGUUCUGUCGUGUGCGCCUGCGCGUGUGCCCCACGCCCUAGGACAGGGGCUGCAUCUUAAAGGCUGGUCUUGCCACCCUUUUGGAACAUGUUUGUCCUCCACGGGUGGCUUUUGGUGGCUCUUGGGGCCCCAUCCAGCCAGAAGCCUCUGCCCUAGGACUGCCCCAUUCCCUUGUCCGUGUCCCUUUGCCCUUCCCCUAGCCUAGCUCUGGCCUGUUACCUUGGGCUGACCUCUCACUGGCCACCCUGGCAUGUCCCACAAGAGCAGGGCUGGGGGACCCCUCCCGUGUGUGUGUGUGUGUGUGUGUGUGUGUGUGUCCAGUUGUGCUUUGGGAAAAGUGGAGAGUUCAAUAAAUCUCUGGUGCUCUGGUC